AUGUCUAACUCAGAUCUUGUUGCAUACCACGAUGCAAUUAAGAAAGUCAACUCGGGAGCUAAUGUUAACCAAGAUGCUUGGAUGAAUAUGUGGUGCAACACCAACUGGGGCAGCCUUCUUCAACCUGCCCCUCUGUCCAUUGCGCUGCUUGGCUCUAUUCUCAUAUUAGCCAGUGGAACGAAGGACUUCAGUCUGAUCGUCGACAAGCCACAGGGCGUUCCUGACUUCAAAUGGCAGUACGCCCAGCAUCCCGACUCAUUUAAAGCAUGUCUCAUGCAGAUGGUCGGAGCGGGCUACACCGCGUUCGAGACCGCGCAUAAGGACAUGCAGACUAUUCAAGCGCUUUCUGGCCAGAUGCCUGACGUGAUCAGGAAUCUUGUGCAGCUGCUUAUCUCAGGCGAGCCGGACGAAGUGCAGGCGCUCUUCCCGAAUGGCCUUGCGGACCUCAAAGGCCUUGCAAACGGCUGCAAGGAAGCCGCAGAGGAGUGUGAAGGUGGAUUCAAGGAUAUGGCCAACCUCGCGCAGGAAAUGGUCCUCGCGUGCACGUACAAGGCUGGAACAUCGGAACAGAUCCUAGCACAGAACGAAAUUAACCUCAAAGUGCUUGCGAUAGACAAGGAAAGCACGGAAAAGAUGCUCAAAAACACGAAAGAAAAUCUCGACAUCGCGAAAAAUUCGUUCCUCGACGCCCAAGAUCAGUUCAAAGACGCGAUCAAGUCUAUGCCCACCGGGUGGGAGCUUCUAGCAAUGGGUGUCGUCGAUUCGCUGACGAGCUGCGCCACACAUGCCGCCAACGCAUUUGUAAACCAAGCAACGAUGCGCUCGCAGCUGGUUAACACGACUGUGCAGGCUUUUGCGAACAAGAUCUCUCCGGAUGGCAAUGUCACGCCGCCCGCGGGGGCUGCGUCCAGCCCUGCAGAGCAGCAGGAGGGAAAGCAGGGCCAGCCGUCGUCGGUGCCAAACACAGACGCGAUGACGGACCCCGCGAAUGGGCAGGUCGAUUUUGUGCUGCAGUAUGCGAGCGCGGUGAAAACGCUGCUCAUUGCCAAGGACGGGAAGCCAGAUUGGGCUCAAAUCGUGACGACUGACCCAAACGCGGUGACGGGCGCGUCAUAUGUUCGUGCAGAGCUCCAGCGUACGAAGACCAAACUCAAACCGGGGAAGGCAAUGUCUGACUCGCUCAGCACCAGUGUGGACAGUCUUACUGGGGUGGUUGAUAAGCUCAUCAAAUCGGGAAAUGCAGGGGAGAACGACGACAAGCUAGCGGUGUCGCUGGGGACGACUGUCGACGAGCAGAUCACGAACUUGCAAACGCUCAGCCAGAAAGCGCGACUCGUAACACAGACAGCGCCCGCUAAUCCACCCGGUCUUGCGCCGCCACCUGCACCACAGUCGUCGUCGAACGACUCAGCGAAGCUCGCUGUUGAGAAUGGGAAGUUCAAGGUUGAUCAAACGAAGGAAGUGCUGGAGUCCGCGCGCAAGUCGUACAACAACCUCAACAAGCAGAUGACAGAGCAGCAAAAAGAAAUGGCAAAGACGAUGCAUGAGAUCACCAGUCUCAAUCUGCUGGACGCGAAGCUGUCAGAGAUGAUUCCCAUCCUGAAGAAAGCCGUCGGGUCGUUCAACACGCUUCGUGCGCAGAUCUCACAGCUCGUCCAGUUUUUCGAGAGCAUCACUUCCCUGAUUGAUGAUGUGAUGGCGCCAUCUGUGGCGCGUCUUGUUACGACCAUGCAAUCAGCAGAAGACAUGAUCCUUGGUGGGACAUCGCUCAAGAACUUCACCCGGAAUCUCGUCUAUAAUCAAACUAUGACCCCGCUCAAAGUGGCGAUGCUCACGACGAAGAUCUCCACGGUCUACGUCGAGAUCUCAACCGACUACAUUCUUCCCGCGCAGCGUAGCGUUGGGAACAUGCUCCAGUUCGCGGAAAACUCGGACCCAUCAUCGCUUGGACCUAAACUCCAAAAAGCGCAGCAGGAACUGCAGAAGAAAGCGGACACUGCGAGCAAGCAGAUCUUGGACAAGGUCGCGAGAGAUCAGGCGGACUUUUCGAACUCUAUCAUGAAGAGGGUAAACGGCAUUGAAGAUGCGCUAAAAGCAAUCCAGCCAUUCCAGGCACCGCCAUCCAAGGCUUUGACGGACGUAACGACGACGCAUGUUGAGGACGUUUCCGAACAAAAGAAGCAGGAGGAUGCGGCAAACCCAAUGAAUGGAACACCAGAGGAUCUUGGGCUGAUGUAA